AUGACGGUUCCCGAGCAGCAGUAUCGGCCAGGAGGGGCCCACAACGCGCCCUUUGUCCGCUGCAGAGGGAGAGGAAGGGGGAGAGGGGGGGGGAGAGAGAGAGAGAGAGAGAGAGAGAGAGAGAGAGAGAGAGAGAGAGAGAGAGAGAGGGAGAGGAAGGUGGAGAGGGGGAGAGAGAGAGAGAGAGAGAGAGAGGGAGAGGAAGAGGGGGAGAGAGAGAGAGAGAGGGAGAGGAAGAGAGAAAGGUGGAGAGAGAGAGAAAGGUGGAGAGAGAGAGAAAGGUGGAGAGAGAGAGAAAGGUGGAGAGAGAGAGAAAGGUGGAGAGAGAGAGAAAGGUGGAGAGAGAGAGAAAGGUGA